AUGUGUAGUUUCUGCCCCUCCCGAAACAGUUUUUUGUUUUUCACAUUCCUUUACUUCUGCUCUGCUGCCAACCUAACGCAGGAUGAAAUCGCGGAGUUUUACGGUUUGGGCAGACACUUCUGCAGUGUCCCUACUGAUGAGUCAGUCUAUCGAAUUGCCAUUCUCGUGCCUUUUGAUCCUACACUUGAGGAUAUUUCUGCCACAGCACCACAACUUCAGGAUACAAAAGUAGCUGUCUAUUUGGCGCCAGCUCUGGACUACGCCAUCAAUCGAAUUCGAACACUAUCCUUCGCCUCACGCUUGCCACGUCUGGAAUUCCUCUGGGGAGACACCAAGUGUGAUGUCGCCGUCACUCUCAACCUUAUCUUCCACUACCUCAUGGACGAUCCCGUUCAUGCCUUCAUCGGUCCUGUGUGUACCUUUCCCCUCGCCUCCGCCGCGCGCAUUGUUGGCGCCCGGUUUAAGCGACCCCUCGUCACAUUUGGUGGUUUUGAGAUAGAUCUUGCUGAUAAGAUCCGCUACCCACAACUUACUCGUCUGGGUGGGCAUCAUGGAUCCUUGAACGGUUUCCUCUACACCAUAUUCACGCACUUUGGUUGGGAGCCACGAGCUCACAAGAACAUCGCUCUGUUACAUGUGCGAGUGGACGAAGCCACGGCCGACCUAAAUGGUGUCAGCCCACAGAUUGUUGCCGCAGCGGCGUCAGCAUUUUUCGUCGCUAAGGCGAUUCUCUCAGGAGGAGGGCUUGGCGGAUUUCGAGUAGAGGGUGUGAUUACUGAUCACAAUAAUGUGGAGGAUAUGCGACAGCGCAUGCGGCAAAUCUCAUCUUAUGGACGCGGUAAGCUCUUCGGAAAAAGGAAAUAUCCAAGAAGUUUUAUGAUCCGUUGGUUUUGGAAGGCGUUGAACACUGUUGGUGUUAUGUGCAGUUCCACAUGGAUGGAGUUACUUGACCUCAAUGUUGCUCGACUUUCACUAAAUAUAUCAUCUGACAAAUGA